AUGCGCUAUGAAAGCAUGGAGCUGAGGAACUGGUUCACUCGAAAUUAUCAAAUUGGCAAGGCUUCGCUUCAGCUGAAGAGCGUGAAUGCGCGGACAGGCACGUUGCUCAAAGGUUGGGACCAUGGGCCCUUAGGCCACGUGUACAUGAAGAAGUCGCUUCCGCUGCGGAAGGAGGGCGAGACUGCCGCAACAGGCAUGAUCACCCUCACGGUCUUCUGCUUGAAGCCCGGCGAGUCAGCACCCCAAGGUGAAGAGGUCAAAGAAGAGGGAGACGCCGCCGAAGACCUCGAGGACUUGAGCAAAGCGGUGCUUGGAUCCUCUGCAGACACUGGAGACGCUGGCAAGUCGUACCAUGUCCUGGUGAGUAUCUACCGGGCAGAGAACUUAGCCAAGAUCGGCGGGUACAACCCCAACCCGUUUGUGACGGUGGAGUUCUCUGGCGCAUGCGUGAGAACGACCCCGGCGUACGAUGUGGAGCAGUACACUUGGAACGAGUGUGCCCGGAUACCGGUGCAGACGCCAGUCUACGAGGACACCAUCCUCAUCAAGCUCUGGAGUGGGGGCUCUGCAUUGACCAUGACCCCAGACGCCUUGCUUGCUCAGGGCCUGAUCUCCUUCAGCGAGCUCAGGAACAACUCGCUGCCGGCGCGGUGGUUCUGCCUCUACGGCUGGGAUACUGAGGAGGUCCCAGAUGUGAAGCAGAUCUCCAAGAGUGGGGAGAACAUCAAGCCCAACUUUUUCAAGGGCAAGCUGCUGAUCUCUGGUCGGGUUGAGCGGCUCGGGGCGGACGAGACCAUGAUGCCCGCAGGGAUUACCACUGCCAGAAGUGCUGUGGAGCCGAGAAAUAUGCAGCUGGCGCUGUUAGCCGAUGUCUACGAGGUGUGCGGAGCCACCGGUCGUGAAUGCCAGGUACAGCUCGCCUUUGGGAGCAGCACCAAGGAGACAAAGGACUGGGUUUCACCCGGUGGCCUGGACAAGAUCGCGGCCAUCGAGGCCCACGGUAAAGGGGUCCUGAUUAAUGACUACGGCGAAGAUGAUAAGGUUUUCGACGUGGAGGAGGUCACCACCUUCAGUUUCACACAGGAACAGGGUCGCAUCGACCCCAUCCUCACCAUGGCGCCGGAGGAAGCCAAGUCGCAGCCCCUGGUCAUGGUCAAUGUCUAUACCCGCGGCGUCCUCUCUGGAAAGGUCCGCGUGGGCUAUGCCAUGAGGCAGCUGGAAAAUUUCCGAAAGUACGAGCCCGGAAACCCUGGGCGGCCGCGCUACAUACCGUUGGAACCCAUGCCGUUCAACAUGCAUGCCCGGAUUCCUGGCUCUGUCCUCAUGGUCAUUGAGCACUUCUCCACGGACGAUGUGCCGCGACACAACCGAAGGACAGUGAAACCAAUGGUCUACAUUGUCCGGGCGUACGUCUUCAUGGCACGCAACAUCAAGGUGGACACUGCUGGAGCAAACCUCGCUCUGCGCGUGGCAUGCGCUGGCAUCUCCAAGACGACAGAGCCAGAGUUCGGGCAGGUGCGGCCCAUGUGGAUGAAGCCCCUUGAGUUGAGAGUCACCCUCUGCUCGGACCACCCCAAGGAGCCACCAACCAUGGAGCCCAUAACUGUGACCCUCUUGGACAGCAAGACGAUUUUGGGAGUCAAGGCCGAUAGAGACAUCGGCAAGACUGUCUGCACCUACGAGUACAUGCGGCAGAAGGACAACAUGGGCAGAUGGGAACCCUUCCGCUUGAAGCCUCAGUGGGUGCAGCUUUUUGGCGGGAACUAUGGCAGCGUGGCCAUGGGUGAGGUCCUCAUAGGCUUUGAGCUGCUUCAUUCCAAGUUCCGGGCCGAUUUGCCUGCCAUCCAGAUGUGGCCGGUGCCGGAGGAGGAGUUCGAUCAAAAGAAGCAUUUCUCCAAGCUGAAGAAGGCCACCCUCCACUUCUCACUGUACGGCUUGCGAGACUUGAUCCCCAUGGGCGGCCGCAGUGAGGAGCCCCUGGUGAACGUGCGGGUGAAGAAGUUCGAGCGGCCAGGCGGCGAGGGUGGGGAGAAGCGCAGCAAGUACUACUCGAUGAACUUCAAGUACGAGAAGCUGGUGGAAGAGGGGCAGGAGGACAACAAAGACGAUCACCUUCACAAAUGGAAAACCGACGCGCUGGGUCAGCAGGGCUGCCGAAACUUCGAGUUCUUCCAGGUCCAGAAGGUGAAUGUGCUGCUUCCUGACAAGGAAAUCCUCCAACCAUUUAUCGCCAUCCGCGUGCUGGAGAAGCCCGUGGAGCUCUUCCAGGGCACAUCACUGCAGCUGAUGCCCUUUGGGAACGAGGGGACCCUUGUGGGCGAGAGCCGGCAAAGUCUGAACAGCCUGUACCCGUGCACCUGGUACGAGGGCGUGACGCUGGAUUAUCCUUACACCUACCAGGAGAACAAGAUCCGGAGAGGGGUUGAUCGAGCCAUCAAAGCCUGCGCCUCCAGGUCCCUGUACCAGGAGGAGUCCGCUGAGGAGCGGGCCAAAGGACUGCAGGCUGAGAAGGAGGCCAGGCGGCAAGAACAGCUGGACUACAUGAAGUCCUUGAUCAGCAUGGAAGAGGAGAAGGCAGAGAAGAUCGACUCGAGGGCUAUGCCUUUGGAGCUGAGACCCUUCAGAGCCGUCUACAACCCGAAUGGGUACCUGCCCAAUGAUAAGGAGUGCCUGCGGGUGCGUGAGGAGCACUCGCUGAACAUGGAGCACUUGAGCCUUGGCAUUGAGUUCUUCACUUCUGCGGACCUUGGCAAGGGCUCGCUCAUUCUCACUUCGGACCCCCUCUUUGAAGUGUAG